UCUAGGUUCUCCCUGGAUAUGAGAACAUCUAUUUUGCUCAUUCCAGCUGGUUUACAUAUGCAGCUACAUUGAGAAUAUAUAAACAUUGGGACUUCAACAUCACUGAUCCAAAGACGGUUACUGGUCGGAUGUCAUUCAGCAGUUACCCAGGUUUUUUGAUGUCUCUGGAUGACUUUUACUUACUUGGCAGUGGCUUGGUAAUGUUGCAGACCACAAACAAUGUGUUUAACAAAACUCUACUUAAACAAGUGGUGCCCAAAUCUCUCUUUGCUUGGCAGAGAGUCCGUAUUGCCAACAUGAUGGCAGACAGUGGCAAAACCUGGGCACAAACUUUCUUAAGAUGCAACUCUGGAACCUAUAACAAUCAGUACAUGGUCCUGGAUAUGAAGAAGGUUAAGCUGCAAGGGAGCCUGGAUGAUGGAGCACUCUAUAUCAUUGAGCAGAUCCCAACACUCGUGGAGUAUUCUGAUCAGACAAGUGUUCUCCGUAAAGGAUACUGGCCUUCUUACAACAUCCCUUUCCAUGAAACCAUCUACAACCUCAGCGGGUAUGCAAAGUACGUUGAGAAAUACGGCUUGGACUUUUCUUAUGACCUGGCUCCCAGAGCAAAAAUCUUCCGACGGGACCAAGGGAAAGUGACUGACUUGGAGUCCAUGAAGUAUAUAAUGAGAUAUAACAACUACAUGAAGGAGCCCUAUGCCAAGCUCAAUCCGUGCAACACUAUCUGCUGCCGCGAAGACCUGAACCCUUCUCUCCCAGUGCCAGCAGGCUGCUAUGACUCGAAGGUGGCAGAUUUCCAUAUGGCUUCGGUGUUUGCAGCCUGUGCUGUCAAUGGCCCACCUGUAGAGGAUGGGCUUCCUGUUUUCAGCUGGAAACAAUUCAAUGGGACCAGGCAUCAGGGUCUGCCAGAAUUCUACAACUUUGACUUCGUCACCAUGAGGCCAAUCCUGUGAAACUGGUAUCAGGGUUUAUGAAAAAAUAUUUUUCCUUUUUUGAAUACUUUCAUUCUCCCACAAAAUAAAACAUCCUUUAAGUCCCUGUG